GGCCCGCCCGCCCCCAGCCACCAUGGCGUCUCAGCUCCGGCUCCACUCCGCGCUGGCUCUGGUCACAGGUGCGGGCAGCGGCAUCGGCCGCGCGAUCAGCGUGCGCCUGGCGAAAGAGGGCGCCGUCGUGGCCGCCUGCGACCUGGACGGGGCAGCUGCACAGAACACCGUGCAGCUGCUGGGCGGCUCGGGGAGCGAGGCCGGGGCACCGCGCGGGAAGCACGCCGCCUUCCAGGCGGACGUGUCGCAGGCCCCCGCUGCCAGGCGCCUGCUGGAGCAAGUGCAGGCCUGCUUUUCUCGUCCGCCAUCUGUCGUUGUGUCCUGUGCGGGCAUCACACGCGAUAAGUUUCUGCUCCACAUGUCAGAAGACGACUGGGACAGAGUUAUAGCUGUCAAUCUCAAGGGCACCUUCCUAGUCACUCAGGCUGCAGCCCAGGCUUUGGUGUCCAGUGGCUCUCGUGGCUCCAUCAUCAACAUCAGUAGCAUCAUUGGAAAGGUGGGGAAUAUUGGCCAAGCAAACUAUGCGUCCUCCAAAGCGGGAGUGAUUGGGCUCACCCAGACUGCAGCCCGCGAACUUGGACGACAUGGGAUCCGAUGUAACUCAGUCCUCCCAGGGUUCAUUACAACACCCAUGACCCAGAAAAUGCCAGAGAAAGUGAAGGACAAGGUGACUGCAAUGAUCCCGUUGGGACACUUGGGGGACCCUGAGGAUGUGGCAGAUGUGGUUGCGUUCUUGGCAUCUGAAGACAGUGGAUAUAUCACAGGGGCCUCAGUGGAAGUCUCUGGAGGUCUUUUCUUGUAACCGCCUCGUGGAAGCUGGACGCUGCUCGCCGCUCCCCACCACUGCCUGGCCCCCUGCUGACAGGACGCUAAUUUCCCAGGCUACAAAGGGGGUGGCAGUGUGUGGCUCAGGCAUGCUGAAUAUGGAAGGCAGGGGUGCUUGUGACCCUAAUAAAUUCCAAAUCCUCU